AUGUCCAAAGUAUCUACAUCGAAUGAUGAUGUCCAAGACACUGCAGAGUUCUUCAACACCAACAAGACGACUGAGAACAUUCUCAGGGUGUUCCAUGAAUACAUGAUCCAGGCCAACAACAUCAACAACCAGACCAUAUCCAGUUACUGCUGUGCACCGAGCACUGAGCACUCCAACACGUCAAUGUCAUCCGGAAUCACAGUAGAAUCCUGA